GGAUCAAUUCCAUCUUCAUGUGUAAGCUUUGUAACUUAUUUUCACCAAAUCAAUCUGAACUGCUGUCUCAUGUCUCCGAGAAGCAUACAGAAGAAGGGAUCAACGUGGAUGACAUCGUUAUUCCUCUCCAACCUCUAACAGUACCCACAAACAUAAACAAAGAUGGAGAAGAACUUCUUGUAGCAAAGAGGAAAAGAGGCAGACCAAAAGGCUCUACUAAGAAGUUUUGUGUGGAUGAAGAUGUGGUAGAAAAUAACCCUGUUCCAAGCGAAGAAACUCUGCCUGGGACAGAAGAAGGAACAGAACCGUCUGAAGUCUCACCAGGCAGCUUGGAAUGUAGGAAAUGCAAUCGGAAGUUCUCCAACACACGUCAGCUGAGGAAACAUAUCUGCAUUAUUGGUUUAAAUGAAGGAGAGGAAGAAGGAGAUGGAGGUAAUGAUUCUGACGUUGACCUUGACAGGAAGGAAGAUGAGCGAGAAAAAACUCCAAAGAGGCCCAGGGUUCAGAAAACAGAGAAAACUCCAUCGACUAAGGAGACUGAGCAGGUUUCAGGAGCUAAAAAUCCUAUUAUAAGUGUGGUUUUGACAGCCCAUGAAGCUAUUCCAGGAGCCACAAAAAUUGUUCCUGUUGAGGCUGCUCCCCAAGAAAGUGAACCCACAACUCCAGAGGCAACAGUUCAAGACCCAUCACAACGAAGAGGGUAUCAAGAAUAUGCUAUUCAGCAAACCCCAUAUGAACAGGCAAUGAAAUCGAGCAGGUUGGGUCCAACUCAACUGAAGAUUUUCACAUGUGAAUAUUGUAACAAAGUGUUCAAAUUUAAACAUUCCCUCCAAGCACAUUUGAGGAUCCAUACAAAUGAAAAACCUUACAAGUGUUCGUACUGCAGUUACGCCAGCGCCAUCAAAGCCAACCUCAACGUUCACAUGCGGAAACAUACAGGGGAGAAGUUCAGCUGCGAUUACUGUGCGUUCACUUGCCUCAGCAAAGGCCAUCUCAAAGUCCACAUUGAAAGAGUUCAUAAGAAAAUCAAGCAGCAUUGUCGCUUCUGCAAAAAGAAAUACUCAGAUGUGAAAAAUCUGAUCAAGCAUAUCAAGGAAACACACGACCUUCAAGAUAAAAAGGUGAAGGAUGUUUUUGAUGAGCUUUGCUUGAUGACACGAGAGGGCAAAAGGCAACUUCUUUACGACUGCCAUAUUUGUGAGCGCAAAUUCAAGAAUGAACUUGAUCGAGACCGUCACAUGCUUGUUCACGGUGAUGAAAGACCCUUUGCUUGUGAGCUCUGUGGGCAUGGCGCCACUAAAUACCAAGCCCUUGAGCUUCAUGUUCGAAAGCACCCGUUUGUGUACGUGUGUUCCGUGUGCCUGAAGAAGUUUGUGAGUUCUGUAAGACUCCGUGCUCACAUCAAAGAUGUGCAUGCAGAUUUGCAGGAGGCUUCUGUUUUUAACAGUUCUAUCAAUCAGAGUUUCUGCCUGCUUGAGCCUGGAGGUGAUAUCCAGCCAGAAGCCCUUGGUGAACAGCUAACACAAAGUGCAGAGGAGUUGACUGUCAUGAGUACUGAUGGUGGUAACACACCACAACCAUCUGCUUGUAAAGGUGAAUCAACAGCUGCAGAUGUAAACCAUAAUGGUCAGCCUAAUGGUGAGACUAAAAUCGAUACUGCCUUUUCCUUAGCAUUUGAAAAUCCUUUGGAGAAGAAUGUACCAGAGACACUGUGUCAGAUGACAGAUGUAGCAGUCCCGGACAUUCAAUCCUGUGUAGCAUCAGACUGCUUCCAGCUGAAAAAUGGUACUUCUGGUCCUGAUGACUUAAAAGGUUCUCCUGCAAACGAAGAGGAAGUUAAUCCCUGCAGCUCAGUAAAUGAGCAGGGUGAAGAAAUUCAGCUUUUGCUGUCUGAAGACAAAAGUUUAAUUCUGGGUCAGGAUAAUGCAGUGACUGAGAACCUUUCAGACUCUGAGGAGAGAAAUCGGGCUGUUCCUUCCAGUGAAUCAGAAACAAGCAAUGUGCCAAUUCAAAAUGCAGCAGAAACCACAAGCCCUCUGCCAGCACCAGCAGCGAAUGCAGCCGUUGGUCCCCAGGCAGCCUCUUCUAAUGCAGCUACAUCAGACAGCGGGAGCGGAGCUGUUGCCUUUAUGCAGAUCUUGGAUAGUUUGCAGAAGAGACAAAUGAACACGGAGUUGUGUGAGAGGAUAAGGAAGGUUUAUGGAGACUUAGAAUGUGAAUAUUGUGGCAAGUUGUUCUGGUACCAGGUACAUUAUGACAUGCAUGUUCGUACGCAUACUCGAGAACAUUUAUAUUACUGCUCCCAGUGCAAUUACUCUUCCAUCACCAAAAACUGCCUUAAGCGUCACGUCAUUCAGAAACACAGUAACAUUUUGCUGAAAUGUCCCACAGAACAUUGUGACUACUCUACUCCAGAUAAAUACAAGCUGCAGGCACAUCUGAAAGUUCACACGGAACUGGAUAAAAAGAGUUAUUCCUGUCCUGUGUGUGAAAAGUCAUUUUCUGAAGAUCGACUUAUAAAAUCUCACAUCAAGACAAAUCACCCUGAGGUUUCAAUGACUACUAUUUCUGAGAUUCUUGGCAGAAGAGUUCAGCUGAAAGGACUUAUUGGAAAGCGAGCUGUGAAAUGUCCCUACUGUGAUUUUUAUUUUAUGAAGAAUGGAUCAGACCUUCAACGUCACAUUUGGGCUCAUGAAGGUGUCAAACCCUUCAAAUGUUCUCUCUGUGAGUACGCCACUCGCAGCAAGAGUAACUUGAAAGCCCAUAUGAAUCGGCACAGCACUGAGAAAACGCACCUUUGUGAUAUGUGUGGGAAAAAGUUCAAAUCAAAAGGCACUUUGAAGAGCCAUAAACUCCUUCAUACUGCUGAUGGAAAGCAGUUUAAAUGUACAGUGUGUGACUAUACAGCUGCCCAAAAACCACAGCUCCUCCGUCAUAUGGAACAACAUGUCUCUUUCAAGCCUUUCCGUUGUGCACACUGCCACUAUUCCUGCAACAUAUCUGGUUCCCUGAAGAGGCAUUACAACAGAAAGCAUCCUAAUGAAGAGUACGUAAAUGUAGGUUCUGGGGAGCCUGCAGCAGAAGCCCUGAUCCAACAAGGUGGCAUUAAGUGUCCUGUGUGCAGCUUUGUGUACGGCACAAAAUGGGAGUUCAACAGACAUCUUAAAAACAAGCAUGGAAUGAAGCUAGUGGAACAAGAUGGGGAGACCAAGUGGGAGUUAACUGCUGAAGUUUCUGAAGAAGCAUCCACUCAGUAUCUCCAUAUCACAGAGGCUGGAGAAGAUGUUCAAGGCACUCAAGCUGCCGUAGCUGCAUUACAGAACCUUAGGUACACUUCUGAGAACGGUGAAAGGCUUGAUCCAACAGCUGUAAACAUCCUGCAGCAAAUCAUCGAGUUGGGUUCGGAAACCCACGACACCACUGCGGUUGCUUCUGUAGUUACCAUGGCACCUGGCACCGUGACAGUGGUAAAGCAGAAGAAUUCAAAGAUCGAUUUUCUUUGCCCUUCUGGACAGAGUUCUGUUCACUUGAUGUUCUUUUUGCAACAUCAAACAGGAGUUUGUUUUCAUUUCCAAGGCUUUCUACUCCUUUCUGGCUUAGAAUCCCAUUUCUCAUUAGCUGUGAAGAUUUUGACUCCUACCUUUGCUCAGUCCAUGAAGUUUUAAUUGCUCAUUACUUUUUUCAAACAAGUUUCUGAAUGCCUUAUUCCAUAUUGUGCUUAGUUAUGUGGAUUUUUAAUGAAGAGCAAUGUGUACCUCAUUGUCUUCUCUCAAUUAGUCUUCAAAAAUAUGAUGACAGUUAUUAUCUGUGGUUAUAUGCUAUAUUGAUACUAAUGCCUGUCACACAAGACUACCGCUGUCUCAUUUAUGUUGUACUCCCCCACUCUUCUUUUUCUGUAUCCGCUUUUUGUAUUGAACUUACAAGGUCUUUGGAUCAUGAAAUACAUUUUGCAUGUAGCUUGUCUGAUACAAUCCAGGUUCUGGUCCACAGCACUACACUGUUAACAACAAAGAGCAGCAACUGGCUGCUGAAUUCUUUCCUUUUUCUCCCAUUCAGAAAUAAGAGACAGGACUGAUGUUCUACCUCUGUACACUCUGUAGUGUAGGGUUAACUCUUCCUGAAAAGCAUAGUAACCUAUUUCCAACCUAGACUUCUGCAUAAUUUGCUCUGAAGAGUAAGUAUAUCAAGUGUUUCACUAACUAAACAGAUUUUAUGAAGCUUAAGUAAACACUUAAGGGUUUCCAUGCAUUUCACCCUUUAUUUUAGUUCCUUUCAUCCGUUUAUUCUGUGAUCUCUUCAGGCUUCAGUAAAAUCCUAGCAUGGUAACUGUCACUUUCUUCAAAGUGACAGCGGUAGCAGUGCACAGCAAAGAUUACACAUCAGCUUGAAGCUGAUCACAGAACAGUAUUAUAGAGUGUAACAAAUCUUCAAAAAUAAAUAAUAAUAUUAGCAUGGCUGUCAUGUCAGAGGCCGCAGCACGCUGUACUUCAGCAACACACCUUUUAUUUCAGUCUGGCUCUGAUUUGUACCUGCACAGUGCUAGGUGCUGGUGUUCAUCUAGAAAAUUUGCCAGUUCAUGGAGUUAUAUGUAGGUUGAUUGUCAAGUUUCUGGUUGCUUUAGGACAUGGAGCAAUUUGAUGCUUAAGGUGACAGUACGAGCAAAGGAAAGUUUUAACUGGGGUAACAGAUAGCUAAAAUCCCAUAGCAAGAUUCCUGUUCUUGAAAUGAUAGCAAUGUCUCCACACUUCCUCAAAAGGAACUGGGGUGAUACAGCCUUUUGCCAGAUGAGGGAAGUUGCUAGUCACAGUCUUUUUGUCAGGAUAUAUUCAACCAGCCAAUUGCUAAGACUUUUAAAAGUCUGCCUCACCAGUAUGAAGGUUUGUUUGCCAGCUUGCAUUCUUUAUGUUAUGCAAAGCAAGUCUGUCAUAUUCAAUUCUCUUAUUAUUCUGAAACUAUGGAGCGCCAGAUUGUCUUUGUUUUGUAGCUCAUUAUAGAGGUUCAUAUGAUCAAACUGCAGUGUUUUCCCUGUGUGUCUGUGUGUGGUUUUCACACAAUAUAUCCAUAUGUAAACUAGAACAGAGACAGAGUUCAAAUUAUUCAAAUGGCACUGAACAAAAUGGUAGAGACAGGCACCAGCGAAGCUGGUACAUCAUCUAUCCAGAUUCUCUCUUAUGAUAUAAAUAGGAGCAUCUGUAACCCAGUGUAAGGUUUCAAAAUCCUGCAAGAUCUCUGUGAUUAAUUUUUCUUCUUCAUGGUAAACUGAAAGGCAGCAUUCAAACUGAAAUAAAGGAAGAGAUUCUGUAGAGGGUUUGGAGUCUAGCCCAGCAAGGCUAUUUUAAACACUGUGGACCUGCAACUCCUGCUGACUUCAAAGAAAAUCGAAGAUAUUGUUUCUCAGGAUGUGCUCUGGUAUAAGCAAGAGGCUUUAGCAUCUUACUGCAAGUAUUUUUUUAACUCCUUUUCAGGGAAGGGAAGAAGCAUAUUUUCCUUAAUGACUUGAAUUAAUUUCUCCCAAAUUAAAAAAUACUUGAUUGUUUUAAGAGGAAGAGAUUCCUCUAAAAGAUGUCACUUAUAUGUAUUUGGAUGGUCCUCAGAUAUUUAAAUUAAGAACAUUUAUAAGUUAGAAAUGUUGAGCUUCUUAUGAAGACGUCGGGGGGGAAAGUCCCAUUGGCUUUUGAGAGACACAUUUAGCUAGAAAAGAAUUUCGGUGCAGGUACUGAAUUGAUUUAAUAUGCCAGCUGUGUGUGGCUUCAGCUACUUGCUGUCAUUCUUCAGAGAAGGAUAAGCAGCCAGAUGCUUUUCAGCUGGCUCUCAAACAGAAAAGAGGUCUUGGAUGCUACUCUUCAAAAGAUUUCAGAUGCCAAUAAAAAGAAUUGAGUGUAGUGACUUCAUUCAUUCUGAUGGCAGCUGUCCCACUGUUUCAUCAAUCUGAGGAAUGUAAAUUAACAUUUCGAGAUCAUUCCCUGUGGAACAAUCUAAUAGGAACCAAGCAGAAGCAUGUAAACAUUGAAUUGACUUGAAAUGUAAAUAUCCAGAAUAAUGUGGUGAUUUGUCAAACUAAAAGGGUUACGGAUAGCUGUCCAAAAAAGAUACUGGAAGCUAGAAUCAUCAGCAAUAAGAGCAUUAGUCUUCUUUACCCUCCAUGACAAGGGUAAUAAAACCACAUCGAUAAAGUCAGGUAGAGAGGUUAAAUUAACUUUCUUUAUUGGCCAUUUUCAUUUCAAAAGCAUAUAAAGCUGAAGAAGUAUUAGAUUGCUACUAUUGACUUGAAUGAGAUCCUGGUUUCAUUUCAUUUUCUUGUCAAGUGUGCUUUAUUUAUUUUCCUUUCCUUGUUAUUUAUGUACACUUACUAAACUAUAUUUAAAAUUAUUUAUGGGUUUUGGUUUAAAGUGACUAAAGCGAGACUGUACGAGAUCCUUCUCAGACUGUGUGGUGCAUUCUUGCAGCUCUUAGUAAAUGCAGUGUAAUUUUUCUGGCUGAAAGCACAUUGCCAGAGGAUAACAUAGAGUGCACUAACACAGGAGAAUUUAGUGUGCAUUAAAUAAUUAAAGGGGCAAAUUUUGAACACCCCUAUUUGUGUCUUAGUUUGAGGACCGCUAUCAUCAAGGACUGUAAUUGUGAGCUGAUUCAUAACAAGCUGUGAGAUUUUAAUUAUCUAACCUUUUUAACUGCAGCUUCUCAUCUGACUUCGCUGGUGAUUAGACUUUUGUCUGCCUCUUAUGAUCUUCAUUAGUAGAUCUUGUGUCUGUCCUUUCCUUUCACACAGGAGCAGACACUGGAGCAGGAAAGAGGAGAGGACGGCUAUGAAAAGGGAGUCCUGUGUGUGAAUUCACAACAUUCCUAUUGCUUUCAGUUGGUCUUAUGGUUUCUUUAAUAAUUAAAAAA